GAGGAUGAAGUCGAUUCAUUGAAAUAUAACCUGCUGCAUCACUCCUUGAAGCACGUCAUUAAACACGGCUGGUCCAAGGAAGCAAUUUCGUUAGGAGCAUCAGAUUGCCAGAUGUCACCAAUGGCACAUGGACUUCUUAAGAAUGGAGAGUUCAUAUUGGUUGAUCAUUUUUACAAAUCAGCCAAUGAGGAGCUGAGAGAUUAUUUGCAACAAAGAAACAAAAAGUUGUACGUUGAUUUGUCUUUGAUAGUCUAUGCACUAAAGUUCCGACUGCAACUCAUCACUCCUUACAUCCAUGUCUGGCCCGAGGCAAUGGCAUUGAUGUCUCGCCCAUUUAAUGCCUCACGAUCAGUGAGGAACUUGGCGGAGAUGUUGGAUGAUGUCUGGUGGUAUGCCGGUGAUGUUUCGACUGAUUUUUCAUGGUACACCAAACGUGCCACAUUGGCCUGUAUAUAUAAAUCUUCCGAACUCUCUCUUAUAACGGAUCGAUCUCCUAAUUUUGAAGAGACGUGGAUGUUCAUGGAGAGGAGAUUUCUUGAUGCCAAUCUUUUCACUAAAUGUUCUAAGCAGGUUGGCUGGUGA